AUAGAGGGGAAAAAAAUACAUGUUGCCAAUUUAAAUAUUGAUUGAAGAUUAUUUUUUUAUUUCCUAAAGGCUCUGUCCCUCCAUGGAUUAACAGGUAGAAGAAAAAUUGUGACUGGCACUGUAUGAAUAUUCAUUUUAGUGAAGAGAUGAUGUUAUACCAUCACAAUUUCCUACACGAUUCGAUUACAGAAAAUGAGAAAAAUCUCACUCAAAUGAGAAAAAUCUCAUUUUCAUGCAAAAUAAAGUAAAUCUGUUUUCUCUCUAUAGAUCUCCCAAAAUGGGAAAUUAUGUCUACUAUGACAUAUUUCAGGGUUAUAUUUUCAACUACAUUUGCCAAAAAUUUUAUUUUUCUUGAUUUCAUCUUUAUGAUUUGUGUGACCUGAUGACAUCAUCACUUCACUCAAAUGAAUAUUCAUAUUGACUGGUCAAGAAGUGUUUUCCGAAUCAUAACUUCCAUCUUUUCAUGAUUUUUGUAACAUUUUGUAGGGAAUAUUUUUUUUUCCUUUUUAUGAAUCCAGUUAUUUGGGCCUGGAGUUCUUUAUUAAUUCUAAGUUAAAGAGGAAAAAAAAGGGGGGGGGAGUGACAUAUGAUAUGUUACUUUACAGUUGACAUACACUGUAUAACUAGAUGUUCAUGUAGAGCAUUUCAUGAUCCUCUUUUGACAGAGUCAGAGACGUAACCGCCGCAUCUCACCCUACCAUAUAGCGGAGAGGUGGUGCGGCCUUGGAGAAGAUCAGGAGGGAUUUAAAAAAAAAUUAUCAACGAUGACAUAGGACAUGGACUUGUGACAAAUAAACCCUUUUUAAAGGGAGAUUUCCUCCUGGAAUAUCGUGGAAUAUUGUCCAUUGCUGAUGAUCAGGAUGAUGAGAAUGCGGAUUAUGUUUUCCACUUCUCGCAUAAAAGUACCGAGUAUCGGAUUGAUGCAUCAGAUAGCAAUUCUUGCCUCGCUAGGUGGGUCAACGAUGAUCAUGUGCAUCCAAAUAGCAUCAUGAAAAAGGUUGCAUUUGAUAAUAACUCCCCACAUUUGUGCUUGUUUGCUUUGGUGGACCUUAAAGAAGGUGUGGAACUAGCAUACGACUAUGGAGUAAAGAAUUUACCUUGGCGGCAGCCCAGUCUGGAAAAGGAACAGAACAUACCAUCUUCGCCCAGUCUGGAAAAGGAAAAGACCAUACUAUCUUUGAGCUCUCAAAUGAGAGGGAUGGACCUCCUGGGUCUAUGGAGCCAAAAAGUAGCCAUCCUGUUGCAAAAAGGUCAAAAGCGGAACGCAUUACCUGGACAGCAGCACAACACCAUGCUGUAGACACAUUUUCAAAAGAAAUUACAGGACAUUCCGAAUUCCAGGGAAAGAAGAAUGUGAGGAAUGUAGAAAUAAGUAUCCUGAACUUGCAACACUACCCUGGACUAAGAUUAAAUACAGGGUUUAUAACAUUAUUAAACAAAACAAACUAAAAUCCUAUUGAAUCCAUCUUACCUCAAUGAAGAAAAGUGUACACACACACAUGUAUGUAUAUAAAUAUGAUUUAUUGCACUCCAUGCAAAUCAUGAGGUUUGAUUCAAUCACAAGCAAAAACAAAUAAAUGAAUAAAAUGAUAAUAAUUCAAUUGUAUACUAUGCAAACAUUCAAAUAAUUUAUAUAAAUGUCAGAUAAUACAAAGCAAAAAGGUUUGUAAUUAAUAUGGAUCACCUUGAUAAAAUUAUAGCUGCAAGAAUGGUAAUUUGUAUAACUGCUGUUGAAUUGUCAAACCAUGAACAAACUUUCUACACACAAUCGGAAAUUGCACUUGAGAAGAAAAAAAACGAUACAAUAAAUUCAUUGCUGAAAUAAAACAAACAUAAACAUUCCUUUAUAAGAAAUAUGGAUGUGAUUGACAUUCAAUCUGCAUCGUACAGCAUGGACUGCAAUGUAUUAUAACAAAGAGAAUAUGCGUGUGUGUCAGCAUUUCUUUUAUAAGCAAAGUGUAUAAAGGUGGAAAGUGUGCACAUGUGCAGAAUACUCCAUCCACAUUUUAUAGCUGUACUGUGCAUUACUUGAAAUUAAUAUUUUUUCCUGACCUAUUUGAUUUCUAUCCCAAGUUAUGUGUAAGAGAUCAAAAUAAAUAUUCCAUAUUUCCACGAUAUUCCAGGAGGAAAUCUCCCUUUGAAAAGGGUUUAUUUGUCACAGGUCCAUGUCCUAAAACUGGAGAAGGAAAAUAUUUUGUUAAAGUUAAAAAAAAAAGUUAAAAAAAAAAAAAACCUUAUGGCAAAAUACCAUGUAAUCAUGGUCAUACGAAGCAAAUGUGUGUGUGGGGGGGGGGGGGGGUUACCUCCAGAAAAUGCUUAAAAUUGACGUUUCUUUUUAUUACUGAAUGUCUGCACAAUCGACCACAAGUGUGGACCAAAUCUUUCAAUAUCACAUUAACAAAUGCAGAAACAUGCUGCUAAUUUAAGGAUUUUUUACAAUCUUAGUGAUUAUAUUCAUUUUGAAAAUUCUGUGUUUAAUGAUCGAUAAAUGAUCACAAUGAUCAGACUUUGUGUAGAUUAUCAUUUAAGAAAAAUGAAGAGGUGAUUUCUGAGAUUUUGUACAUGUAAGAGAAAAGUUAUUUAUGCAUUAUGAAUGACUAACUGCAUGUAUGUCAAGUUCCUGUUGUCAGUGUUGAGUUUUAUUAAAAACAAAUCUUUGAAAAUGA